AUGUCUGGACCUCAAUCCACAAAGCAAGCAUGCGAUGUUGAAAUCUCUGAGGAAGAGAGAAAGACGAGGAUGGGGUCAUUGAAGAAGAAAGCAAUGACUGCUUCUGCCAGGUUCAGAAACUCUUUGACAAGAAAGCAUAGGAGGAGCCAGAGUAGAGUCCUGUCUGUGGAAAUGGAGGAUGUGCAUGACAUUGAGGAGACAAAGGCUGUUGAAUCGCUUCGUCAGGCACUUAUAGCGGAGGAGCUUCUUCCUGCCAAGCACGAUGAUUAUCAUAAGAUUCUGAGAUUCUUGAAGGCCAGGAAAUUUGAUAUCGAGAAAACCAAGCAAAUGUGGUCUGAUAUGCUUCAGUGGAGGAAGACAUUUGGUGCUGACACAAUACUGGAGGAUUUCGAUUUCAAGGAACUCGAUGAAGUCGUGCAAUACUAUCCUCAAGGACACCAUGGAGUUGACAAGGAUGGACAACCUGUGUAUAUUGAGAGAAUAGGCCAAGUAAAUGCAAACAAGCUGAUGGAAACCACAACAAUAGAGCGCUAUGUGAAAUACCAUGUCCGCGAGUUUGAAAGGACAUUUGAUGCUAAGUUCCCAGCUUGUUCAAUAGCAGCGAAGAAGCACAUUGAUCAAAGUACAACUAUUUUGGAUGUGCAAGGAGUGGGACUUAAAAGUUUCAACAAAGCUGCAAGGGAACUUAUCAGUUGCCUUCAGACGAUUGAUGGCAACAACUAUCCUGAGACCUUGAAUCGUAUGUUUAUCAUCAAUGCUGGUUCUGGUUUUAGAAUGUUGUGGAGCACUGUGAAGUCCUUCAUUGAUCCCAAGACUACUGAGAAAAUAAAUGUCCUUGGUAACAACUACCAGAGCAAGUUGCUUGAAAUAAUUGAUGCUAGUGAGUUGCCAGAAUUUUUAGGAGGUACAUGUACUUGUGCUGAUCAAGGAGGGUGUAUGCGUUCUGAUAAGGGCCCCUGGAAGGACCAGUUGAUAAUGGCGAUGGUCCAGAAUGGUGUUCAUAAAUGUACAAAGAAACCUCCUGUUCAAAUAAGUGAAAUGGAGACGAUAUCAGAGCCAUCCAUGAGUAAAAGUAUCCAAGGACCUUUCAAGUAUCCCCCAACUUCAGCGCCAACUUGGCAAACGGCAGUUAGGAAUGGCAAAGCAGGAGGAUGUUAUGAAGCUCCCAAAGUUUAUGAUGGCUUCGGCUCUCAGAUUAUUGCUGGUAUUAUGGCAUUUCUUAUGGGGAUUGUUGCUAUGGUCAAACUAACCCGUAACAUGCCAAAGAGGCUCACAGAUUCCACCUUCUACUCAAGCACUGUCUACGGUGAUGACACAACGUUCAACCACCAGCCUUCGUGCUCUACCAUCCCCGGUUCAGAACUCAUGUCUGUCAUGAAACGUAUGGCUGAAUUGGAAGAGAGAGUUAAACCAUCUUCCAAACCACACGAGAAGGAAGUACUGCUGAAUGCUGCUAUAAGCCGAGUUGAUGCCUUGGAGCAAGAGCUUAAUGAAACAAAAAAGGCUCUCCACGAGUCACUUGCUCGACAAGAUGAGAUCUUGGCACCUAGGAAGAACAAGAAGAACAAGAGGAAGAAAAUGAUGAAAUUCAUGUGCUAUCAUGGUUGA